AUGUUAGCCCUAUAUGAAUCAUCGUUUCAUUCAUUUGAAGACGAAACUAUAUUGGAUGAAGCAAUAAAUUUCACCACAAAAUAUCUCAAAGAGUAUGAUUUGAAUGACAAUAGAGAUACCUACAUAUCACAUCUAAUAAAUCAUGCUUUGGAGCUUCCUUUACAUUGGAGAAUUCCUCGAUGGGAAUCUCAGUGGUUCAUUAAUGUAUAUGAAAGAAAGCAAAAGAUGGAUCCAGUUUUACUUCAAUUUGCUAAAAUGGAUUUCAACAUUGUUCAAAGCUUUUAUCAAGAAGAACUAAAGCAAGCAUCAAGAUGGUGGAAAAGAACAGGCCUUGGAGAAAAGUUGAGCUUUGCAAGAGAUAGGUUGGUUGAGAACUUUGUUUGGACUGUGGGAACAAACUUCAACCCAAAUUUUGAAUACUCUAGAAAAGUUAUUACAAAGGUGAAUUCCUUAAUUACAGUAAUUGAUGAUGUCUAUGAUGUUUAUGGUACCUUGGAAGAACUAAAACUCUUCACAGAAGUGAUUGACAGAUGGGAUCCAAAUGGCAUGGACAAUCUUCCAAUCUAUAUGAAAAUAUGCUUUGAGACACUCUAUAAUUUUGUGAACGAAUUUGCUUUAGAAGUCCAAAGUAAGAGUGGAUACCAUAUCACUCCACAAAUAAAGAAAACGUGGACAAGUCUAUGUAAAGCAUAUUUGAUUGAAGCAAAGUGGUACUAUGGUGGAUACACACCAAGCCUUGAAGAAUACUUAGAGAAUGCAUGGAUUUCUAUAAGUUCACAUGUUAUACUUACACAUGCUUACUUUUCGAUUCCACAGUCAUUCAAAAUGGAAGACUUGGUUUGUUUAGAAGAAAACUCCAACAUAAUUCGAUUUUCGGCUAUGAUUUCACGUCUUGCUAAUGAUCUUGGAACAUAUAAACGUGAAAAGGAGACAGGUGAUAUUCCAAAGUCAAUUCAAUGUUACAUGAAUGAAACUGGAGUUUCUGAAACUCAGGCUCGUGAGUAUUUAAAUUCAAUGAUAUAUAUAAUAUGGAAGAAGAUGAAUAAAGAAGUUCAUACUUCCUCUUUCUCAGAAAGUUUCAAAGAUACUGCUAUAAACUUAGCUAGAAUGUCAUUAUGCAUGUACCAGCAUGGAGAUGGCCAUACCAUUCAAGAUUCGAGAAUUCAGAAUCACGUAAUGUUAUUAAUUUUUAAUCCCAUUCCUAAUGUAUAUACUAAAUAA